UUACGUUCUUCGUUCUCUCUCUCUCUCUCUCUCUCUCUCUCUCUCUCUAGUCGUUACAGUUGUGCUUAGAAGUCUUUAUGGGCUCAGAGCGAUGUGAUUGAACGACCAAAGUUGACGAGAACUCUUCUCAGACUCACAGUCACUACCAUCACCAGAAAAAUAUUUUUUAACUUCUCAAAAAAGAAAAAAAAAAGAAAACAGAGAGGAAGAGAAAAGAGAGAGAGAGAGAGAGAGCUUUUCGUUUCACUUCAUAACCAGUCAAGUCAUUUCACUUCCCAGUUCCCACACUCCACAGUUAACGUGAAGAAGCGUUAUCAAUGUCGGCGAGUCCGAGGAGAGGAUGUUCUGUCUCACUUCCUAUUCUUCUUCUUCUUCUUCAAAAUGGGCACUGAGUGUGUGUCAAGUGGUGAAACGGGUUGCCGUUUGAAAGUCAUGGCGUUUCCGGUUGAGUUCGUUCUCUUGGCUUUUCUCGCUUGCGCCGCCUUCGGUUCUGUCGAUUCUGACGACGGGGUAACACUGUUGGAGAUAAAGAAGUCGUUCAGGGACGUGGACAAUGAUUUGUAUGACUGGGCAGACUCGCCAUCUUCAGAUUAUUGUGGUUGGAGAGGGGUCACUUGUGACAAUGUCACCUUCAGUGUCGUAUCGCUUAAUUUAUCCGGUCUUAAUCUCGAAGGAGAAAUUUCACCUGCAAUUGGAAAUCUAAAGAGCCUGCAAUAUAUUGAUUUUAGAGGAAAUCGUCUUUCAGGCCAAAUCCCAGAUGAGAUUGGUGAUUGUUCUUCUUUGACAAACUUGGACUUGUCAUUCAAUGAGAUAUGUGGAGACAUACCCUUUUCAAUCUCAAAGUUAAAAGAACUGGAAUUUCUAGUCUUGAAAAAUAAUCGGUUGAUUGGACCUAUUCCUUCAACAUUGUCUCAGAUUCCCAACUUGAAGGUUUUAGACUUGGCGCAGAAUAAUCUCAGCGGGGAAAUACCAAGACUUAUAUACUGGAAUGAAGUUUUGCAGUAUCUUGGUUUGCGUGGGAAUAACUUGGUGGGCACUCUAUCUCCAGAUAUGUGCCUGUUAACUGGGUUGUGGUAUUUUGAUGUGAGAAACAACAGCCUGACUGGUACAAUUCCUCAGAAUAUAGGCAACUGCACUGCCUUCCAGGUUUUGGACUUGUCUUAUAACCAGCUGGUGGGAGAGAUUCCGUUUAAUAUCGGAUUCCUGCAAGUCGCCACAUUAUCACUGCAAGGUAAUCGGCUGACCGGGCUUAUUCCUUCUGUGAUCGGUCUGAUGCAGGCACUUGCCGUAUUAGAUUUGAGCUGCAACAUGUUAAGCGGGCCCAUCCCACCUAGUCUGGGAAAUCUGACUUAUACGGAGAAAUUGUAUUUGCAUGGCAACAAGCUGACUGGACCAAUUCCUCCUGAGCUCGGAAAUAUGUCAAAGCUGCACUAUUUGGAGUUGAAUGAUAACCAUCUUUCCGGGCGUAUUCCACCUGAGCUUGGGAAGCUAACAAAUUUGUUUGACUUAAAUGUUGCUAACAACAAUCUUGUGGGUCCUAUACCUGAGAAUCUUAGUUCAUGUACUAAUCUCAACAGUCUAAAUGUGCAUGGGAACAAGCUUAAUGGAACCAUCCUAGCUGCUUUCCAGAAGCUAGAGAGCAUGACAUAUCUAAAUCUCUCGUCUAACAAUCUUCAGGGCCCCAUUCGAAUUGAGCUGUCUCGGAUUGGUAAUUUGGAUACCUUAGAUAUUUCUAAUAACAAAAUCAUUGGCUCAAUUCCUCCUUCUCUUGGUGAUUUGGAGCAUCUUCUAAAGCUAAAUUUGAGCAAAAACCAUUUAACAGGAGUUAUUCCAGCAGAGUUUGGUAAUCUAAGAAGUGUUAUGGAAAUAGAUCUUUCAAACAACCACCUUCAAGGUCCAGUACCUCAAGAACUAUGUCAGCUUCAGAACAUGUUCUCCUUGAGACUAGAGCACAACAAUUUAUCAGGGGAUGUAAUGUCAUUUAGCAGUUGUCUCAGCCUUACCGUAUUAAAUGUAUCUUACAACAAUCUGGCGGGCGAUAUUCCCACGAGCAAUAACUUCUCAAGGUUUUCACCCGACAGUUUUAUUGGAAACCCUGGACUGUGUGGCUACUGGCUCAGUUCACCAUGUCACGCGUCUCAUUCAGCAGAGCGAGUUAUGAUUUCCAAAACAGCUAUCCUCGGAAUUGCGCUUGGUGCCCUUGUAAUUCUUCUCCUGAUCUUGGUGGCGGCAUGCCGGCCCCAGAAUCCAGUUCCUUUUCCAGAUGGUUCACUUGACAAACCGGCUGUUUGUUACUCAAGGCCAAAGCUGGUGAUUCUUCACAUGAAUAUGGCACUUCAUGUUUAUGAGGAUAUCAUGAGGAUGACUGAGAACUUGAGUGAGAAGUACAUAAUUGGGUACGGUGCAUCAAGCACGGUAUACAAAUGUGUCCUCAAAAAUUGCAAGCCGGUGGCUAUCAAGAGACUCUACUCUCACUAUCCUCAGUGCUUAAAGGAAUUUGAGACAGAACUCGGGACAGUCGGUAGCAUCAAGCAUCGGAAUCUGGUCAGCCUCCAAGGAUACUCGUUGUCUCCGACUGGAAACCUUCUAUUCUACGAUUACAUGGAAAAUGGUAGUCUUUGGGAUCUGCUUCAUGGCCCUACCAAAAAGAAAAAGCUUGACUGGGACACUCGCCUUAAGAUAGCUCUUGGAGCAGCCCAAGGACUCUCCUAUCUGCAUCAUGAUUGCAGUCCGCGCAUUAUACAUCGGGACAUUAAGUCGUCUAACAUUCUGCUGGACAAGGAUUUCGAGGCUCAUCUCACCGAUUUUGGUAUUGCCAAGAGCUUAUGCAUCUCAAAGUCGUACACUUCUACUUACAUAAUGGGCACCAUUGGCUACAUAGACCCAGAGUAUGCUCGAACCUCACGGCUUACCGAGAAGUCUGAUGUUUAUAGUUACGGAAUCGUUCUGCUGGAGUUGCUAACCGGACGAAAAGCUGUGGAUAAUGAAUCCAAUCUCCACCAUCUGAUAUUAUCCAAGACAGCAAACAAUGCUGUCAUGGAGACAGUAGACCCCGAGAUCACAGCCACAUGUAAGGAGGACCUAGGAGCAGUGAGGAAGGUGUUUCAGCUGGCUCUCCUUUGCGCCAAGCGACAGCCGACCGACCGACCUACAAUGCACGAAGUGACGCGCGUCCUCAGCAGCCUCACCCCACCCGCGGCGCCGCCAAAACAGGCGACGCCGGCACUCCCACCACCAUCCACACUCCCAUCCGCCAAAGUGCCAGGCUACAUUGACGAGUAUGCAAAUCUCAAGACCCCCCACUUGGUCAAUUGCCCAUCCAUGAGCACCUCGGAUGCCCAGCUCUUCCUCAAAUUCGGAGAGGUAAUUUCCCAAAACAGCACUUAGGAGUGAGAGUGAGCCCAGAAGCAAAAACAAAACAAAAAAAUCCUUUAGAAAAUCUCAAUUCUCAACAAUGGAUUGGCGGGAAAAAGAGUAGGACAACAAAAAUGUGUUAACGAUUGUAAAAAAAAAAAAAAAAAUGAUGUGCCCAUCAAUUAUUGGACCAGUUAUAGAAUUUCAAAAACAUUCAUGAAUGAAUGUUGUGGCUUUUGUACAAUGUAAAAAGGGUUAGAAAAAUAUAUAAAUAUCUAUGCAGCAGUAGUAGUAGUAGAAGUAAUUUUGUCAA